AUCAGUGCUUUCUCCGAAGCAUCGCAGACGGAUGAUGGCUGCUGCUUGGGUCAUAUCUCCGGUUGAAAAAUUGCGGGUCCAAGCCGCCAUGCCCGUGCCAUAAGCAACGUAGAGCAGUCGACGUAUUUUCGUCCACGCCCACGCCGGUUUCCAGCGGAAGGGCAUUCCGACGAACACCUUAGGCUUAACGCCAGGAUUCAGGGCUGGGGUUAGGAUUUGGUUUUCCCAACACCCGCUGUAUAAAGGAGCGGAUGCUGGGGUCUCGGGUGGCCUUGCUCUGCUUCAAGUCCAUCGCCCGGUGCCUCCCCGUGAGUCGAAGCCGUCUCAAAUCCCUCCGGCCAUCCCGUUUUGCCAUUUCUCGAGGUUUUGCAAGUAGAACUACAAGUCAGCUGAAGAAGAUGUCCAUGUCUAUCUCAACCAGUCCGUCACCAGUUGCGGCUCCAGAGUUGACUGAUCAAAGAGAGGAAGUUGAAUUGCUACCUGCUGUCAAUGACUACUAUGGAGGUGUUAUUGUUGAAAUGAAGGCACCCAUGGAUUCUGGUGCUUUUGCUUCUUCAUUAAGAUCAUCUAUAUCAAUUUGGAGGAAGCAGGGAAUAAAGGGUGUUUGGAUAAAGUUGCCCAUCAAUCUCGCAAAUCUUGUUCAACCUGCUGUUGAGGAGGGAUUUUGGUACCACCAUGCAGAGCCAAGUUACUUGAUGCUUGUGUAUUGGAUUCCUGAUACCAAACAUACAAUUCCUGCAAAUGCCUCUCACAGAGUAGGUGUUGGUGGUUUUGUUAUGAAUGAUAAGAGAGAGGUAUUGGUGGUCCAAGAAAAUAGUGGCAGAUUUCAUGGCUCAGGUGUUUGGAAGUUUCCUACAGGAGUAGUUGACCAAGGUGAAGACAUUUAUGCUGCAGCCAUAAGGGAAGUAAAAGAAGAGACAGGAAUUGACACCGAGUUUGUUGAAAUACUUGCAUUCAGGCAGAGCCACAUGUCAUUCUUUGAGAAGUCAGAUUUAUUCUUUGUAUGCAUGUUACGCCCCCUCUCCUCUGACAUUCAGAAGCAAGAAUCAGAAAUUGAGGCAGCGCAGUGGAUGCCUAUUGAGGAAUAUGCUGCACAACCUUUUUUCCAGAAAUAUGAUAUGUUAAAGUAUAUCAAUGAUGUUAGCCUUGCAAAAGUUGAAAGGGGUUAUGCUGGAUUUUCACCGGUUUGCAUAAAAUCAGGAUUCUCUCAUGCACAAAACUAUCUUUAUUUAAACAGCAAAGACCUGAGCCAGCCAUCAAGACCUGGUAAUAUGUCUGAAAGCAACUGAGAUUGUUAAUUAAUGUAUAACUGUAUCUGUUUUCAUUAAAUAUCUAUUAUUCGAUUUGUUAACAUGUAGCUGAUUUCCCCUGUUCUGGAGGUCAGAUGAAUAAGUGCAAUGAUCAUUGCUUAUUUAUGUCGGUAUCAAUUAGGACAUGAAUUGUGAAAUACUGGUUACCUUCUUGCAAAUUCCAGAAUAUUAUCAGAAUAAUAUCUGAUGCUCUUGUGCU